AAUAUUGGCGUACGCAUUUCAAUUGGAUUCAAUAUGCAUUUACAAUAUUUAAAGUUAUAUGAAACAAGUACUCGUUUCUAUGUAAUCGCAUCAGAUGCCUCUCGGUCUAAGUUUUAUUUAUUGAAAAUUGAUCGCAUUAAUCCGUAUAUUUUUACUGUCGGCGAAACUGAGCAUGAAUAUUCGGAAGCAGACAUCAUAGAAUUACUUGCAACUGUGUCAGAAGGAAGUUCGAUCGUUUAUAAGCCACAAGCUGAGCGACCAUUGGCAGCAAUUGCAAAACGAAAGGCACUUGUGGAACGAUUAAGUAAUGCAUUUGGUUUGCUAGGAGCUGUUCGUUUUCUUGAGGGUUAUUACAUUUUACUUGUUACGAAGGCAAGAGUUGUUUCAACAAUUGGCUAUCAUUCUAUCUAUAAAAUCGAAGAAGUGACUAUGAUAUAUACUGGAAUAGAUGGUGCACCAAUAAAUCAAACUGAACAGCGAUAUGUCAAACUGUUCCAGUCUGUGGAUCUGUCGACUGAUUUUUAUUUCUCUUAUUCGUAUGACAUAAGUCGGACUUUGCAAGAAAACGCAUUAGGUUGUCAAGGUUGGUCAGACUUCAGUGGAAUGAGUAAAAUUUCAUCGACAAAUGCUGAUCAAAGAUUUAUUUGGAAUGCUUUCUUAUUGGAACCAUUCAGGAAAAAUAGAAUAAGUGAGAGAUGGCUUAUUGAAAUCGUUCACGGAUAUAUUAGUCAACAAAUCGUCGAAUUGCCUUGCUCACGAUUAUCUAUAAUUUUAAUUGGUAGGCGAUCAUCACAGUAUGCAGGCACUCGUUAUCUUAAGCGUGGCGCUAAUUUUAAAGGUUUUGAAGAAAACGCGUAUGUGCAACGUCGUGGGUCAGUUCCGCUAAUUUGGAGUCAAGACCCAGCUACAAGAGGCGUAGUAGGAAGACCCCUUAUUUUCAUCGAUAUUAAUGAACCACAUUCACAAACUACAGCUGCGCACUUUCGUGAUCUGAGGAAAAAGUAUGGAAAUCCUAUAAUUGUCAUGAAUUUGGUAAAACGACGUGAAAAACGAAAACAUGAAACUUUAUUGCAUGACCAGUUCCUUAAGGCUAUAAAUUACUUAAAUUUAUUUCUUCCUCGAGAUGAAAAUAUUGCUUAUCUAAGUUUCGAUGUUGCUCGCUGCAAUAAGACUGGCAUUGUUUUAGCGAAAUUAGAUGAAAUUGGUCUUCGCGUGGUGCUUAAACAAGGCUGGUUCCAGAGUUUUCCACCUUUGUAUUGCCACUCGAUUCGGAAAAAUGCGAUAUUCGCUGAUUUCAAGCCAAAUUUUCAUUCAAACGGUCGCUUCUUACUUCAGAGUGGUAUUUCUAGAACAAACUGUGUAGAUUGUUUGGAUAGAACAAACGUGGCUCAAUUUGGAAUAGGUCGUGUUGCCUUAGGCUUUCAACUAUAUUCUAUGGGAUAUACUAGUGAAGCAAUUAUUUCUCCCUCAAGCGAAGUGUGUAGGAUGUAUGAAGAUCUUUUUGAUGAACUUGGUGAUACUCUAGCAUUGCAGUAUGCGGGCUCACAAUUAGUUCAUUCGAUCAAACACUAUAAAAAGAUUUCAGCUUUCCAGGAAAGAAGUCGAGAUGUGAUACAAACCCUUUCACGUUAUUACAGCAAUACUUUCGGUGAUUAUGAUAAACAAAAUGCGAUAAACCUUUUCCUCGGCAUCUAUAGGCCAAAUCUAACCUCUACAACUCAUUUGUGGGAUCUCAGUACGGAUUACUACUUGCAUUUUCCAAUUGGUUUGAAAGUGCAUUCAGAUUAUUGUGCUUGGUUUUUGGAGCCGAAAAUCAUUGAAGAAAGUGAUUUGCCUGAGAGAGAUAUUACUAAAGAUCAUGAGAAAAAUGCGGUAAUAAAUCGCGAACAACAAUAUAAUGAGUAUUAUCGCGUCUGGGAAGUUUCGCAGUUGGAUUGUUUGAUUCGUGAGCAAAAAGAUUUACAAAAAUCAAUCUCUGUGGAGGGCGUAAAUCAGUAUGUUGCCCAAGGCUAUUCUUUUGCAAAACUAUGGAAGCUGGUAAUUCCAGAUUCGGGUGAUAGGAAAAUACAGAAAAUAAAUAAGCAAGAAAAAGUAAAUAUUGCGGAAGAUGAAGAUGAAGAAGAUGAGCCUGUUGUUAAAUCAGAUGCUGAAGUUCAUUAUAACUGUGGUUUCGAAGAAGUAUAUUGA